AUGGCGGCGCCACCAGAUGAGAUCACUAAAAUCUCUCUCGAUCGGGCCAGGAUCGGAGAGGAAACUGAUGUUACACCACAAAGCGCAAGCAUCCAAGAGGAGGCGCCGGUUGUGAAUAGCCACGAAGAAGAUGGUCUCUCGAGACUCCAGAGAAUUAAGACGAGCUUCGGAGAUCGGCCAGAAUGCUUCAAGAACACAUUUCAGGAGGUCUCCUUCGUCUUCCAGGCCACCGUCGCGACCGCCACCACCUCGUUCCUUACAGGUGUCGCCUUGAUCAUUACUGUUCCCGUCUCUAAAGACUUGGGCAUGACCCAAGGUGAGAUCGCAUGGAUCAGCGCAUCGACAAGUCUCGUCGCCGGAGCUCUUCAGCUUGCCCUAGGACAACUUGCAGAUUUACUUGGCCGCAAAGCCAUGUUCAUAACCGGCAUGGCGUCUUUUAGUGCAUUCGUGCUAUUGGUUGCCUUCUCGCGGAACCCCUUCUGGAUGCUGAUCGUCUGCGGUAUACUUGGAGGCUGUUCUGCAAUGGUGGUGCCUCCAGCGAUUGGAAUUCUAGGGGCCGCCUAUUCAACGCCUUCGAAACGGAAGAACAUGGCCUUCUCGGCAUUUAGCGCGGGAAACCCUCUGGGUUUCGUCUUCGGCACUAUCCUGUGCGGUAUUGCGACGCAGCUCUCUAGUUGGAGAGCAGCCUUCAUCAUGCUCUGUAUUAUCUGGGCAGUUCUCACGGUCCACGCGAUCUGGGCUGUGCCGAAUGUGGAAAACUUCGACCGAGCUCCCCUGAGAGAACGGUUAAGCUCGUUGAAGCAAUUCGAUUAUGUCGGUACUAUCCUAACGAUAUUUGGAACAGGCAUGUUUACCGCAGGUUUGACCCUUGGUCCCGAAGAUGGUUGGAAAAGUGCAACUGUAAUUGCGCUGAUAGUCGUUGGUAUUGCAUUACUGGUUAUUUUUGUGUUAUGGGAGAGGAUCUACCCUACUCCUUUAAUGCCUCCCCAUAUCUGGAAGGAUAGGAAUUUCAGUCUUAUUAUUGCCGUUGUCCUUCUAGGCACCAUGGGUUUCACAUCUAGCGGCUUCUGGACCGCCUUCUUCUUACAGGAAAUUAAGCAAUACUCGACCCUCAUGGUUGCGGUGCAUUUGCUCCCAAUGGCCAUUGCAGGACUUAUUUGGAACAUCAUUGCCGGCCGAAUUUUACAUGUCGUCAAUAAUACCCUUAUUAUGAUCAUCGGCGCCAUAUGUUACCUCGGGGCCAGCUUGCUAUUUUCCUUCAUGAAGCCUGAUAGCAACUAUUGGGCAUUCAUGUUCCCAGCGCUGAUUCUCAAUGUCGCUGGCGCGGAUUUCCAGUUCAACGUGGCAAACAUGUAUGUGAUGCAGUCUUUACCUAAGCAUCAGCAGUCCUUAGCAGGUGGUAUCUUCAACGUAGUCAUCCGAUUGGCUAACGCCGCCGUCAUGGGAAUUUCGACCGCCGUAUUUAGCUCCAUAGAAUUGACCCCGGAGGGUAUGGCUGACCCGAUGCUUAAAUUCACAAGAACUUUCCAGGUAUCAGUAGCACUCUCUGCACUGGGUGUGCUGUUUUCUCCUUUUAUUCGAUUAGGUACGCAGGGGAACCAUCCGAAAGAGGAACCGAAAGAAGAGGGCGAGAAUGACCAGUCCGGAAAGACGACCGAAGUGGCGACAGAAGUAGCUACUAGUACAGGCGAAAGCGAACUAGAAGAGAAGAAGCAGGAUGUCCAGUAA